AAGCUGGCAAGCCAAACAAAAUUGAAUAAAUAUCACCAGUUCAUCUAGUUCUGUGUGAUUAAUAUAAACAGGAGGCUAUGGCUAUGGCAGAAGAUCCUAGUGUGGGGCCUAGCAAAGGGAAAUUGAAAGGCAGCAAAGGAAAUGCUGGAAAAACAUGGCGUUCAGUAUCACAAUUUAUACUGAUCUUCCUUGUUUUGAUAGCGGUUACAGCUCUUGUACUCUGGUUAGUCUACAAUCCCCACAAGCCGAAAUUCAGCCUGGUGAACGCGGCGGUCUUCGAUCUCAACACAACUUCUCCCCCUUUCAUUUCCACCACCCUGCAGUUCACAAUUGUGGCUAGAAACCCUAACGACAGGGUUUCGGUCUACUACGAUCGCCUCAAUGCUUUCGUGUCUUACAAGAGCCAGAUGAUUACUCCCCAGAUGAUUCUGCCGCCGCUGCAUCAGUACAAGGACAGUACGGUGUCGUUUUCUCCGGUGCUCGGGGGAGUGGCCGUGCCGGUGUCGUUAGAGGUGGCCAAUGGGAUUGUCAUGGAUAUGGAAGGGUAUGGACUGGUUCAGCUCCGCCUUGUGUUGCAGGGGAGGGUGAAGUGGAAGGUGGGUCCCAUCAAGACUUCAUACUAUGAUCUCUAUGUGGCUUGUGAUAUGCUGCUUGGUUUGAAGAAAGGGAUUGUUGGUCAAGUUCCUUUGCUUGGAAUUAGUCAUGAUCGAGAUCAAGAUCAUCAUGGUUGCCAUGUUGAUGUUUGAUCAAUCUGCAUCUAUCAAUUCUGUUGGCUCGGUGCUAUUAAUCACAAGUUUUAAAUUUUAUUGAGCAAAUUAAAUGCAAAACUGCUAUCUCCUUUUUAACAUCUUUCUUUGUUUUGGCUCUAUAUAUGUAGGCCCCUUGGCUGAUGAUAUUUGGUGCAUUGUGAAAUGGCUAUCUUGUUCACUUUUUCUUA